UUCAAAUCACAAGCAAGUUUACUCAAAGCAAUAGUUGAUAGGUAUCCAUUUUUCCUUUAUUCAAAAAUGUCGAAAGAAAACAUGAAGAGAAACAUUGUGGAAAAGAAAAACACAACUUCUCCAAAUCCAAGGAGUAACAAAGAGAAACCUUCAUCAACACAAAGCCUCAUAUCCAAACACUUGAAGAAAGUUUACCCUGUUGGGAUUCACAAAACAAGCUCACUUCUUUCCUUAUCUUCACUUUCUUUAACUCUUUCACAUAACUCCAAUGACUCGUUUACAGAUUCUUCUCCUACACUCGAGCAAACAAUCUCAUCUGCACUUCAACUCAUCAUUACACCAACACCUUCUAGAAGAGAGCAACCCGUUGCUAAAACUACUAGCAAUCAUGUGAAUAAUUUGGAUCCCAUCAAUUGUGAGGAUCAAGGCUUGAGAAGAUGCAAUUGGAUUACUAAAAACAGUGAUAAACUUUAUGUUGAAUUCCAUGAUGAAUGCUGGGGAGUUCCAGUGUAUGACGACAACCAACUGUUCGAAUUGCUUUCAUUGUGUGGAAUGCUGAUGAAUUACAAUUGGACGGAAAUCCUUAAAAGGAAGAAUCUUGUCAGAGAAGCUUUCUGUGGAUUCGAACCAAAUAUCGUUGCAAAAAUGGGAGAAGAAGACAUCAUGGAAAUAGCCUCGAACAAGGACAUGAUGUUAGGUGAAAGUAGAGUCAGAUCCAUUGUUGAAAACGCCAAAUGCAUCCUCAAGAUUGCAAAAACACAUGGAUCAUUUAGUGGAUACAUGUGGGGUUCUGUAAAUUAUAAACCAACAAUCAACAGAUGCAGACAUCCAAGAAACGUACCCUUAAGAACACCAAAAGCCGAAGCCAUUAGCAAAGAUUUACUCAAGCAUGGCUUCCGACUUGUGGGCCCAGUCAUUGUCUACUCAUUCAUGCAAGCUGCUGGAAUCAGCAUUGACCAUCUCGUUGACUGUUUUAGAUUCAGUGAAUGUGUCAAUCUUGCUGAAAGACCAUGGAGACACGUCUAACAUCAAACUAUUUAUCACAAGUAUCUAUUAAUCUUAUUUCACUUGUUUAUUUUUAACAUUAUUAUUUUAUUAAUCUUAUUUCACAGGUAAUGUAUUUGCAUUUGUAAUUUUGUAUUUGGUUUGUAUCUAAUGUAUGAUUUUUGCUCAUAACUUUUAAUUAUGUAAAACGAUUUUUCUUGUAAUUAUGUGAAACGAUUUUAAUUAUACUACAUAACAUUUUCA